AAAGAAUGGGUUUAAAACUAUUCCUAAAAUUGCUUUACCCCUUCACAGUUUCAAGAUUUCCUCUUUCUUUUUCUAGACCUGUCUUCCCUCGGCUACUUCCCUUUUCUACUCUCUCUCUCUCUCUCUCUCUCUUCUGCCUUUCUCUCUCCUUUUUUUUUUUUUUUUUUAUCAUUAGCCAUAGCCAUAGCCAUAGCCAUUUACAAGCUUCAUAGACCAACCCAUUAAACAAAUUAUUUUUAAAAAAAAUUGAAGAUUGCCUUUUUAAUCUCUUUUUUUUUUCACAAUUUCUUCACUGGGUUUUGUUUUGUCUCUUCAAAUUUUCAUUUUAAUGGCCAUACAAAUUCAGGGUUUCUUUUCUUCUCGAUAAUAAAGAGUGGAAAACAAAUAAAAACUCUAACUUUUUUUUAAUUAUUUUUUAUUAUUAUCCUCUCUGCUUUCCUUUGUUUUUCUUUAAUUUUUCAAGAACGAUCUGAACGAGGAAAGAACUGAUGAUGUUGGAUCUCAACGAUUCGAUUACAAACCGCGACGAAACACCCACGAGUCGGAUUGUAAUGGAAGAUUCCGAGACUUCAAAUUCCUCCGUCGUUAAUGCCACCGACGAGGUUUCCAACAGCAGAGACGAAGAUUCCUCUGUUUUAAUCUUCGAUAUCCUCAAAAGAGAAAGCUCCGGCGGCGGCAGUGGCGGCGGCGCGUCGUCGGAAUUGGUAACUCAAACGCUUUUUCCAGUCGUCGGAGGAUGGGGGGAUUCUGGGUCGUCUCCAGUGCCUAGAACCCAUUGGUUGAACUUGUCGUCGACGGCAGAUUCCGGUGGCGGUGGGGGACCGCCGGAGUUGAGAAUUGUACAGCAGAAACAACAGCAGGUGAGAAAAAGCCGCCGUGGGCCACGCUCCCGGAGCUCUCAGUACCGGGGAGUUACCUUUUACCGUCGAACCGGAAGAUGGGAAUCUCAUAUUUGGGAUUGUGGGAAACAAGUUUAUUUGGGUGGGUUUGACACAGCACAUGCUGCUGCAAGGGCUUACGAUCGAGCGGCAAUCAAGUUUAGAGGAGUUGAUGCGGACAUAAACUUCAAUAUAAAUGAUUACGACGAAGAUAUGAAACAAAUGAAAAAUCUAAGUAAAGAAGAGUUUGUCCAUGUUCUUCGUCGACAAAGUACUGGAUUUUCUCGCGGAGGUUCGAAGUUAAGAGGAUUGUCUCUUCAAAAAUAUGGAAGAUGGGAAAAUCAAAUGAGUCAAAUCAUUGGAAAGAAUGGAAUUGAGCAGAGGUCUUGCAAAGGGGAUGCAAUGGUGGAUUCAAACAAUGGAGCUAAUGGGCAUAAUCUUGAUUUGAGCAUUGGAGGAAUUUUCAACUACCAUCUUACUAAUUCUCCUCAAAAGCUCAACAUUGAGAGACCAAAGAAUGAAAUCAAUGGUUAUGCAUGUGGUGUGACUGUGGGUGGACAACAACAACCUCAUAUUCCUCCUUCUAUGUGGUCUACUUUUUACUCUGGGUUUUUACCAAAUAAUGAGGAAAAAGGGAGAGAAAAGAGAAACAACGACUCGACGACGAAGAUGUCAACGAGUUGGGGAUGGCAAAUGCCAACAUCAACCACGAUGUCGAUGUCGAUGUCAAUGCCAACGACAAUUCAAGGGAAUAUCAGUGGAAAAAACAACAACAGUAUGAGUAGUAAUAAUGGAAUAAUAGCAAGAGAUCAAGAAGCUCAUAUUUCCAAGAUAGUUGCAGCAUCAUCAGGAUUCUCUUCCUCUUCUAAUUUUGGUUCACUUUAUGCUCAAAACAACAAUGCUCUUCACAGUACUCACUGCCCCAAUAUUUCUUGACAAUAGUAUUAGUAUUGUUAUCAUUAUUAUUUUGUGUGUUCGUUUUUAAAUAUUUUUGGAGCUAAUGAGAGAAGAAAUUAAUUGUUAUAAUUUACGAAGUCCAACCCCAGAUUAAUGUCAACUAUUUUCCAUUUUUUUCUAGGGAAAAAUUUGGACUUUAUUCCUAUGUACAUACAAUAUUAAGAAGCAUGAUUUGAGGUUGGUUGCUUUUUGUAUUAUUGUAACCAAUUUGUAUGCUCAUUCCAUUUUUUUGAAGGGUUUUCUUUCUUAAUUCUUGUAAUGAUAUUAUUUGGGAGUUCUUUCUUCUUGAA